UCUCUCCACCCCCUCCCUCACGGAGCCCAGGGCAGAUGUGAUGAAACUCGCGGGGUCCCCCCACAAAGCCCCAACGGCCGAGGGAAUUUGAAACAAGAAACCCCCUUACCCACAGUAAAGGGAGGUGGAAGCUCGGUCCCUCCUCCUGUCACGCUCGAGUCCCUGGAGAUCAGAGCUGCCCUCUCCGCGGCUCUGACACCUGUUUGCUUUCCCCCUCCUUUCCUUCCGGGUGCACUAGCACCUGGGCUUACGUUUGUUUUUCUACCCUGGGGCUCUCAACUUCCCUUCCACACCCCGCCUCCCUUUCAGAGUUUUCUGUAAAGUUCAGGCUCGGGGUGUCCUCUUGCACUCCCCACAGGGCUGUGCCGCAGGCUUGGGCGACUUUCCUCGCAGAACGUCGGCGGAGAGGGAGUCCCUGCGGGGGCCAGGGGAGAGGACUGGGAGAGACCACUUUGGUUUUCUGAGACGCCUUCAGUUCCUGGCCGACCGCCAGGCUUUCUUCUUGGAGGUGUCAGUCUUGGGGAGUGGGGCCUGGGGAAAAGGGGGACAGGGUAGGGGAUUUGUGUUUGAAACUAUUUUUGGAAGGCAGCCUUACUGUUUUUACUUACGUGGUAUUUUGCAAAUUAAUAAAAAUAGCAAACUUUUCUAGAAAUGCUUUAUUUACAUUUUACCGGAGAUUGUGAAACCAUCCAUUGUUCGUUUAAAAGGCUAUUUUUUUUUUAAAGUUUGGGAUGGCUUGGGGAGGCCAAUGGCAAUUAGGGGAGAAGGGCUGAAGCACCCCUUUUUGGAGAUCGGGGCCAGUUUCCUGGACUAAAAGACCCUAGUGACUGGGCAUGGGCCUCACAACUAACUCGGGUUGCCCUGCCCCUGUCGCGUGGGCUCUCAAUGGCAGGUGCUCCGGAAGGGGGCCACCUCCCCGUGGGGCUCCUGGCUGCCUCUGCUCCCUUGGACACCACUGGGGGGCCUCCCCCUCCUAAGUUGUAGGCCGAGGCCGGAUACCUGCUCCGACCUGUCUCCUCCCUUUCUCCAAUACCACACCCACGGGACUCCAGUCUCCCCGGGAGUGGGACGGAGACGGAACAAAGGGGUCUUUGUUCACUGGCUCCCGGGGGGUGGGAGUUGCGCUCGCUCUCAUUUCCUGGCGCCCCUUGGAGACCGGGAGGCUCAGCGCCUCUCCCAGCUCUCAGCGCCGCCCUCCCAGACCCCAGAGACGUCGGUCAGGGCGCGGCGCCCCGGGCCACUGCCGGCUCUUUCCGGGCGGGCGAGGCCGGGUUCCCCUUCCCUGCCGUCAUCAGGUUCCCCUUCUCCCUUCUUGGCACUUUCCUUUCGAACCAUCCUUCUGGACAAACUUUGAUGGAGAAUUUCACACCACUCUGGAAAAAUGCCGGUUAUGAAAGGAUUACUGGCGCCGCAAAACACCUUCCUGGACACCAUCGCCACCCGUUUUGACGGAACACAUAGCAACUUCAUCCUCGCCAAUGCCCAGGUGGCUAAGGGUUUCCCUAUAGUCUACUGUUCCGAUGGCUUCUGCGAGCUUGCUGGAUUUGCCCGAACUGAAGUCAUGCAGAAGAGUUGUAGCUGCAAGUUCUUAUUUGGGGUUGAAACCAAUGAGCAACUGAUGCUUCAAAUAGAAAAGUCACUGGAGGAGAAAACAGAAUUCAAAGGAGAAAUUAUGUUCUACAAGAAAAAUGGGUCUCCAUUUUGGUGCCUACUGGAUAUUGUUCCCAUAAAGAAUGAAAAAGGAGAUGUAGUACUUUUUCUGGCCUCAUUCAAAGAUAUAACAGAUACAAAAGUGAAGAUUACUCCAGAAGAUAAAAAAGAAGACAAAGUCAAAGGAAGAUCAAGAGCAGGGACCCACUUUGACUCAGCCCGGAGACGGAGUCGAGCAGUCCUUUAUCACAUCUCUGGGCACCUGCAAAGAAGAGAAAAGAACAAAUUGAAAAUAAAUAACAAUGUUUUUGUAGAUAAACCAGCAUUUCCGGAGUAUAAAGUUUCUGAUGCAAAAAAGUCCAAAUUCAUACUUUUGCAUUUUAGCACUUUUAAAGCUGGCUGGGACUGGCUUAUUUUGUUGGCAACGUUUUAUGUUGCUGUGACUGUACCUUACAACGUUUGCUUUAUUGGCAAUGACGACCUAUCCACAACUCGGAGCACAACUGUCAGUGACAUUGCAGUGGAGAUCCUUUUUAUUAUAGAUAUUAUUUUAAAUUUCCGAACAACUUAUGUCAGCAAGUCUGGCCAAGUUAUCUUUGAAGCAAGAUCAAUUUGCAUCCACUAUGUCACAACCUGGUUCAUCAUUGAUUUAAUCGCUGCCCUGCCUUUUGAUCUCCUGUAUGCUUUCAACGUCACAGUGGUGUCUCUUGUGCAUCUUCUAAAGACGGUGCGACUCUUGCGUCUUUUGCGUCUGCUGCAGAAGUUAGACCGCUAUUCCCAACACAGUACUAUCGUCCUGACUCUGCUCAUGUCCAUGUUUGCACUCCUUGCACACUGGAUGGCGUGUAUCUGGUAUGUCAUUGGAAAAAUGGAGAGGGAAGACAACAGCCUUCUGAAGUGGGAAGUUGGUUGGCUUCAUGAGUUGGGAAAGAGACUGGAAUCUCCGUACUAUGGCAACAAUACCUUGGGGGGCCCGUCGAUCCGAAGUGCCUAUAUUGCCGCGCUGUACUUCACGCUGAGCAGCCUGACUAGCGUGGGUUUUGGGAACGUCUCUGCUAAUACAGAUGCAGAAAAGAUCUUCUCCAUCUGCACCAUGCUGAUUGGUGCCUUGAUGCACGCCUUGGUGUUUGGAAACGUGACAGCAAUCAUACAGAGGAUGUACUCCAGAUGGUCCCUCUAUCACACUAGAACUAAGGAUCUGAAAGAUUUUAUCCGUGUCCAUCACCUGCCCCAACAACUCAAGCAGAGGAUGCUCGAAUAUUUUCAAACAACCUGGUCAGUCAACAAUGGAAUAGAUUCAAAUGAGCUUUUGAAAGACUUUCCAGAUGAACUGCGUUCUGACAUCACUAUGCACUUGAACAAGGAGAUCUUACAGUUGUCCCUUUUUGAAUGUGCCAGCCGGGGCUGCCUCAGGUCUCUGUCUCUACACAUCAAAACCUCUUUCUGUGCUCCGGGGGAGUAUCUGCUGCGUCAAGGGGAUGCUUUGCAGGCCAUCUACUUUGUGUGCUCGGGCUCCAUGGAAGUUCUUAAAGACAGCAUGGUGCUGGCUAUUCUUGGGAAAGGGGAUUUAAUUGGAGCAAAUCUAUCAAUUAAGGACCAAGUGAUCAAGACCAAUGCAGAUGUAAAGGCUUUAACCUACUGUGAUCUCCAGUGCAUCAUCCUCAAAGGACUCUUUGAAGUGCUAGACCUUUACCCAGAAUAUGCUCACAAAUUCGUGGAAGACAUUCAGCAUGACCUCACAUACAACCUUCGAGAAGGUCAUGAGAGUGAUGUGAUAUCAAGACUAUCAAACAAAUCUACGGUCUCACAGUCAGAGCCCAAGGGAAAUGGCAGCAUCAACAAGCGACUCCCAUCCAUUGUGGAAGAUGAGGAAGAGGAGGAGGAGGGGGAGGAAGAGGAGACAGCCUCUCUCUCUCCCAUCUGCACAAGGGGAUCUUCUUCACGCAACAAGAAGGUUGGAAGCAGUAAAACCUACCUGGGCUUAAGCUUAAAGCAACUGGCCUCGGGAACGGUGCCCUUUCACUCACCUAUCAGAGUCUCCAGGUCAAAUUCCCCCAAAACCAAGCAGGAAAUUGACCCCCCCAACCAUAAUAAAAGGAAAGAGAAGAACUUGAAAUUGCAACUUUCAACUUUGAAUAAUGCUGGACCCCCAGACCUCAGUCCAAGGAUUGUUGAUGGAAUUGAAGAUGGAAACAGCAGUGAAGAAAGUCAGACUUUUGAUUUUGGCUCUGAACGAAUCAGAUCAGAGCCCAGAAUUUCUCCUCCUCUUGGAGAUCCAGAGAUUGGAGCUGCUGUUCUCUUCAUCAAAGCAGAGGAGACCAAGCAGCAGAUAAACAAACUCAACAGUGAGGUAACAACAUUGACUCAGGAAGUUUCUCAGUUGGGUAAAGACAUGAGAAAUGUGAUCCAGCUUCUGGAAAACGUUCUGUCACCUCAGCAGCCAUCACGGUUUUGCUCUCUGCACAGCACCUCUGUGUGUCCCUCCAGGGAGAGCUUACAGACCAGAAUGAGCUGGAGUGUGCACCAGCCUUGCCUACACUUGCAAACAGGCGGGGCUGCCUAUACGCAAGCACAACUUUGUAGCAGUAAUAUCACCUCAGACAUUUGGAGUGUGGAUCCCUCCUCUGUGGGGAGCAGCCCCCAACGAACUGGAGCUCAUGAGCAAAAUCCUGCAGACAGUGAACUUUAUCAUUCUCCAAGCCUUGAUUAUUCACCUUCCCACUACCAGGUUGUCCAAGAAGGUCAUUUGCAAUUUUUAAGGUGCAUCUCUCCACAUUCAGAUUCUACGCUGACACCUCUGCAGUCCAUUUCAGCAACUCUCUCAUCCUCUGUCUGCUCCUCUUCGGAGACAUCUUUGCACCUAGUUCUCCCAAGCAGAUCAGAGGAGGGCAGCUUCAGUCAGGGAACUGUGAGUUCCUUCAGUCUGGAAAACUUACCAGGAUCUUGGAACCAGGAAGGAAUGGCAUCAGCGUCUACAAAACCUUUGGAGAACUUUCCACUGGAAGUUGUCACAAGCACAGCAGAAGUGAAAGAUAACAAAGCCAUAAAUGUAUGA